CCCGGAAAGGCGACGUGUCCAAUCCUCCCGGAAGGAAGGAGGAGCCCUGGCCGCCCACAGUUCCGCCGCCGCUGCCCUCUCUCAAUCUCUCUCAGUCUCUCUCUCUUUGGAGUAAAGCAUUCACCGAACUUGCAAAGAUCCUUGAUAUUUUAAGAAGAGAACAUUAAAAUUAAGACCAGGGAGCCAAGAUGGAUCUUUUCGACCCUCAGAUGUUAGGCGUGAUGGUUUUUGGAGGAUUUAUGGUGGUCUCAGCCAUUGGGAUAUUUCUGGUGUCCACCUUUUCUAUGAAAGAGACCUCUUAUGAAGAAGCUUUGGCAAAGCAACGGAAAGAGCUGGAGAAAGCCAGUCAGCAGAAGGUGGAGAAGAAAAAGAAAGAGAAGCCUGCUGAGAAGAAAGGAAAGGCCAAAAAAAGGGAGGAGAAACCUAAUGGAGGAAUACCUGAGCCAGACCUGGUUCUGGAUGAUUCUGACAGCAAUAAAGAUUUAAGCCCUGAACCGGUUAUGGUCAUUGAACCAACCGAUUUUCAAUCACCUAUCGUGCCAGUUUCAGCUCCUUCCCAAGCAAAAGAGAAGCCAGUCCCGUCUCCUAAAGACAAGAAAAAGAAGGAAAAGAAGGCGGGGAAGGAUGAGUUGACUUCUAGCCAAGGAAUUUCUUCCCUGCCAACUACUUCCGCAGGAGAUCCUAUUCUUGAUGUUGCUCCCAAAGAGGUGGCAGCAAGUAUUCUUCCACCAGUUGGCACUCUGCCAAACGCUCCUUUAACUAACGCAGCUGCUCCAAAAAAACCAGAAGUGCUGGGAAGCCAAGAGGAACGAAAGCAUGAUGCAGUUUCUAAGAAAAAGGCAAUGGCUAAAAAGAAGAAAGAAUCAAAAAAGGAUGCUGAGGGACCCACAGAAGAGCAUAGAGAAGGAGGAACAGGUGUGGAAAGCAAAGCCAGCAGCACCAAAAGAAGCACUUCAGAAGGUACCACACAUGCUGAAAGUGAGUUUUCUCUGCCAUUCAAAACCUUAAUUUCCAUAGUCAGCAGCAUGGUUUUUGGUGAUGGUGAGGCCCAGCAACUGAUGGAAGUCCUGACCGAGAAAGCAGGAGGUGCUCAGAAUCCAUGGCUUAUGGCCACUCAGAAAAGUGACCCUGUUGCUGUGCUGAAACGACAACUAGAGGAAAGAGAGAAGCUGCUUGCUAUGGAGCAAGAAAAUGCAACUGCUGCAAAGGCGAAGUUGAGAGAACUUACAAAGGAUCUUACCUCUGAGAAGGCAAAGAUGACCACACUUGAGAGUAAAUGGAAGGAGCAACUGCAGACACAUGAGCAAGAGAUGUCUGCUAUCCAAGCCCGUAUGCAGGCCAGUUAUCAAGAUCAUCAAACUGAGACCCAGCAGCUGCAAGAAAAGAUUCGAACUCUACAAGAACAGCUGGAGAAUGGGCCUAACACCCAACUUGCUCGCUUGCAGCAAGAAAAUUCCAUUCUCAGAGAUGCUUUAAAUCAAGCCACAAGCCAGACUGAAAGCAAGCAAAAUGCUGAACUGGCAAAACUUCGUCAGGAAUGUAGCAGACUAAGCAAAGAGCUGACUGACAAGUUAGAAAUGUUACAGCAGGUAGAAGAUCAGAAAAAGGCCAUAGAAAUGAAAGCUGUUGCCUUUGAAGAGCAAAUCUGUCAGCUCCAGAUAUCCCAGAAAGAAAAAGAGGCCCCGCUUCAGAAGAGCUUGGAUGAGAUCAGCGAAGAGCUCUGUAAAUGUCGGGCCAGGUAUCAAAGCUUGCAGGAAGAGCUGGAAAAGGCGAAAGAGGAGCAGCCCAGUUUUUCUGAAAUCCAAUCUAAACUGCAGUGCUCUGAAACAGAAGUGAAGAGAAAAGCAGAAGAAUUGAAUAAUUUAGAGAUUAAGCUAGCAGAAAUCACCACUCAAAAUUCACAACUUACAGAGAAGAUUCAAUCAUUGGAAGCCCUCCUUGAGGCAAACCAAACGAGAGAAAAGGAAAAGAGCAGAGAUGGACAGGAUGGAGAUCAAAAGGAAAGCAGUCUACUGCAGUUAAGACUCCAUGAAUCAUCCACAGAGAUCUCCACUGCAAAGGAGAACAUUGCAACACUAACAGAAACAGUAGAACAGUUGAAAUUAAAAAACAAUGACCUGCAAGAAAAGAAUCAGGAAGCUACAGAAGCUCUGAAUUCAGUUAGAAAGUCUUGUGAAGAAAAGUUGCAGUCCUCCGCUAAAACAAAGGAAACAUUGGAACAGCAGCUUGGAAUGAUUGAGGAACAAACCAAGAAUGUGCUCCUUUCCCUCUUCCCAGAGGUUCUGUUAGAUGGUCAACAGACUUAUGAUAUAUGGUUGGAGAAAUUUAAAGAGAAAGCUGUGGAAUCAUUGGAAAAGAAGAAUGCCAAAGCAGAGGUUGACUCAGCACUUGCAUCAAAAGAAUCAAAUGAGGCACUAAGCACACUGCAAACAGAAUGUGAUCAGUACAGGACUACUCUUGGGGAAACGGAAAGGAUGCUCAAGGACUUGCAGAAGAGUGUAGAGAAGGAGGAACAGGUGUGGAAAGCAAAGCUGGCUGCAUCGGAAGAAGCGCUUCAGAAGUCUCAAGACCAAGUGAAAUAUCUUGAAGAUGAUGUGGAGAGGUUCAAGAUGGAACUUGAAAAUAUGGAGAAGUUAAAAGAGUACACUUCUCUUUUGGAAGCACAGUUGAAAAAUCACUUGGCAACUGCUAACUCUGAACACCAGAAUUACACCAAAGAAAUUGAAUUUUUGAAACAAACACUAUCUGAAUCUGAAAAAAAUCUGGAGGAAACAAAAACACAAAUACUUCAGCAAAGUCAGGAGCUUACACAGGCAAGGGAUUUGGUGUGCAGUUUGCAAUCUGAACUGGAGAACCUGAAAUCUUCUGGAAGCGUUUCUGCUUCUGCAAAUGAAGAGGUUCUCCAACUUCAGGAAACACUAGACAAGGAGAAGAAGUUAACGAAGGACUUGGGAUGUGCAGCUACCAAACUAAAAGAGCUUUUGAAGAUCACCCAAGAGCAGUUGGCUAAGGAAAGAGAAACAGUGACAAAGUUACAAGAGCAGUUUCAGGAAAAGGAAGAAAAUGAUGGCACUACCAAGGAAGGAACUUCGGUUUGACAAAUCCUGAAUCCACAAUAUACUUUUCACCAUACAAAAUGCCUUACACAGUUCCA